AUGAAUAGGUGUUAUUUAUUAUUAAAAUUAAAUUAGUUCCAAUUCAACGAAAGGAGAUCAUAAUUUUAAAGAAAUGAAAUUUAUAAUUGCUGGGAGGAAGUUUAGAAGGUAAGUGUUAAAAAAUAACAGUAAAUUAGGUAUUCAAAUUAUCUAGUCAUCUGUAAAAGAAAACUAAACACCUAAUUUUAUCGACCAUUCGUAUUUCAACCUUUAUGUAGAAAUAAGUUAGUGUUUAUAGAAAUGGUAUUUUUUUUCACUUAAUAUCUUCAAAUUAUUUAGAAUAAAGUAGAAUUAUUUAAAUCUUAAAAUUGGAGGUUAGAAAUCUAUUAGUUAGAGUUUUUCUACAAUUUUAGUAAACCUCCAAAUGUUAUAAUUUCAUGAUCAAUAAUAACCCACACUUUGAACAUUUUUAAGAAUUUCUUAAUGAUUACUCUUUUCUCUAUUAGAAAAGAGAAUUUGCUUAAUCAAAUAAUUUUAUUAAAAAUUCAUCGUCAAAAACGAUAAAGCCCAGGCAAGAAGAAACAACUCGUUUAAUGAAUAUGAACAACAACAUCACCACAUUUGUUCUCAGAAUUUGCUUAUAACAUUUUUUUAACUGAAAAUUUAUUG